CCCUUUUUAAUUUUUUUAAAAAAAUUUAAUAUUUUUUAAAAUUAUUUUAAUGUAAAAUUGACCAAAAAUUAACCCUCACUCGCACCCUAGGCGAAUGACUACACUCUCUUUGUCCUAGUCACCAUGACCUUGCCACAUAGGCAAGGUCAACGGUCAAAGGGUGCAAAAUAUUGCUUUUGGAUAGAAUCAAGGGUCUAGAUGACAAACAUGUAAGUAGAAGUGUCCAACUUACAAAACUGACAUAAUACAGGGGUCCAGAAGUUCAUUUUGAGUAUUUUAAGACACUUGAGAUGAAUGUUCAACUUAAUAAGUAAUAUUAAUAUAAUAGCAAUUUAAAUCAAUCACUAUAUUCCUUGUGUUGGUAAUCUCUGUCUCUUCAAACUAGUCUAGUUUUCUCUCUUCCACCGAAUAAUAUCCCCACUGCAGUCAUCUAUUUCUGGUAAGAUGUUAUAAAUCAAACGGGAGAUUCCAACCCAAAAAAUUAAGUCCAAUUCAAAAAAUUAAGUCCAAUCCAAAAAACUAAUCUAAUAGGUGGGGAACCUAUUUGGCUUAUAAUUCCCUUAGCAUUUCUUUAUUUUUUUAAUGUGGGACAAUUGGUUCAUAACAAUCGCCUCCGUUUGAGAACCAACGACCUCGUUAGUUACGGUUGAGCCCAGUUGGUCACGACUGGCACCCCUCUUAGAUCUAGGCCACCACUCCAAGUCGUGGCUCCACGUAUGGAUCGAUCCUCGUUGGUCAUGGCUGACAUCCCUCUUGGGUCCAGACUACCAUUACAAGUCACGGUCCAAAGCGUGGCUUUCCACACGUGGAUCGAUCCUCGUUGGUCACGGCUACGCCCAGUUGGUCACGGCUGGCACCCUUUUUGGGUUCACAAGCCACCACUCCUAGCUCACAGACCAUCACUUUGAGUCACAACCCAACGCGUGGAACUCUCAAUGAAAGCACCAAUGUUAUAAACCAAACGGAAGAGCCCAACCAAAAAGACUAGUUUAAUAGGCGAGAGAACCCAUUUAACUUAUAAUUCCCUUAACAUUUCUUUAUUUUUUCAAUGUGGACAAUUGGUUCAUAACAUAACAGAACUCAAUUUGUCUUUCAAAAACAUUUUGUACGUAGUUUGCUGGUUCAUAAUAGGAAUACCAAUUACUAUGCAUGUCAACUACUAUAUUUUUUAGGGAAAUAUUGCAAGAACUAUUCAACUAGAACGAUCUUUGUAGGUGUAUAACAUUAACAGCAUGAUUGAUAGCCACAAAUAUCAUGUAAAUUUAUUUUCAAUUCAAAUUCUUAUGUAUCAAAAAAAGGAAAAAGUCGAAACAACCCAAUCGUGUUUAUUGUUUCUUUCACAUAAAAAUGUCCCUUGGGUUGGUUUUGUGUUGAAGUCGAAGGUUCCUUUCGUCAAACAGUGCUCAUGCCACUAACCAGAGGCGGAGCUAGAGGGUAAUUGGGGGUUCGGCCGAACCCAGUAGUUUUUACAUAGAUCCUGUAUUUAUAUUAUAAAAUUCAGAAAUAAUAUAUAAAAUACAUAGCUGUGAACCCACAUAUAAAUAUAGGAUACUUGUACAGCGGAGAAGAGGUGAAAGACGUGGAUUCGGACCCCACUAAUAACAUUAAUAUUCCUAAAAUUCUGGCUUCCCCACUGCCACCAACCAUCUGAGUCAUGUCAUAAGUUCAUAUUUAUCUCAUUACUACUACUUACGCCCUAUUGAAGGGCACAACUAUUCCACCUUCAGUUUUAGCUACCCAAUAGAUCAUCCAACAACAAACGAAUAGGAAUUACUGCACCGCCAACGUGGGUCGAAUAGGAAUUACUGCACAGCCAACGUGGGUUGUGGUGCGACAGUCAAAUAGUUUUAUCUUUUAUCAUAGGUUUUGGGUUCAAGUCUUAGGUCUGAGAAAAUUUUAUUGAGAGCGUCAUACAUCCCAUGAACCCUCUGAUAUGUAAUCCGAAUUAAUCAACACUCUAAUGUGGGUAUUAGACACAAAUUUUUUUUUUUUUUUUUUAAAAAGAAACUACUACAUAUAUUCCUACUUCUCUUAGGGCGUCGUUUGAUAGUUAAAAUACCUCCCGCCCUCCCACUUUAAAAAAGAGUGACAUAUUUUUUUUCCCCUUAUUUUAAAAAGAAUAAUAUUUUUUUUUUUUGAUAAUAUUUUAAUUUUAACUUUUCACGUGACAUGUUUAAUAUUAUAAUAGUAAAGAGUAUUUUGAUAAAUUGAACAUAACUUUAAUUUAGGAUCACAAAUUUCAGUAUGUUUUAUUUUCUUCAAAUCCGUGUCAAGUCAAACUAGAUCAUUCUUUUUAAAAUAAAGGAAAUAAUUAGUUAUGAAAUAAGAGCAAAAAGUCACUCACUUCAUUUGGAUUGGACACACCCCUUAAUAAAUUUCUUACUCUUAUUUUAUCAAUAUAUUUCUAAUUAAAUUUUAUAUCUGUUUCCAAAUUACUAGUGAUUAUAUUUAUUGAAUAAGGAUAUAAUAGGAAGAUUUUAUUUAAAUUAUUUUUGAAAGAUUAAAAAGCAAAUACUCAAAAUAUACGCAAAUAAAAAAAUGAAGGGAGUAUACAACAAAAGUAGAAAUAAUGUCCAGAUGUAGCAAAAGAAAAAAAUAUGUGUAUCGAAUUAUUAAUAUAAAAUAAUAAGUUUGAAGAUAUAAUGUUGACGGUUUAAUGGAAGAACUUAUUACAGAACUCGUAUUCAAAUUGGCGGUGUUGAUUGCUAAGUCAUUUUGUUUAGAUCCGUUCCUGAAAAUUGAUGCUCGCUUAAUAUUUGAAGUUUGUAUCAUUCAAACCGUCUGGACAUUUACAUUAGGAGUUAUCAGAUUAUUUAGACGGAGUAACAAGAAGGUAAAAACUUUGUCGAAAACUCAUCGAACUUGUAGUGACAAUUGUACUGUACUUUAUUGUUGUCGUGUUAAGAAUACAACCUCUCCUUCAUCCUCUAGUUAAAUUUAACAUGUGUUCAUUUAAUUCCAUGGGUCCACGGAAGAAGUCAAGAAACUGUUUCAAAAACAUGAGUAUAUCAAAUCUUGAACAACAUAAAACAGGACACCAAAGGUUUUUUGAGUAGUGUCAAAGAGAUCUCCUUUUGUUGUGGUAAGCAGAAAUGGAAGAGAUAGGGGUAUUAUUGAUGCGUCCAUUGUCCAAUUACCUGCAGCAAGAGCUGUCCAAACGUUUCACCCUCUUCAAGUACUGGGAAAUUCACUAUGAAUCUCUCAAACUACAUGCGGAUUCCAUCCGAGCAGUUGGGGGGGGGGGGGGGGGGAGUGGAGGACUGGGAACCGAUGCUGCAUUGAUCGAUAUGCUGCCAAGAUUGGAAAUUGUAUCGAGUCACAGUUCUGGGCUUGACAAGAUUGAUUUGGUGAAGUGUAAAGAGAGAGGGAUUAGGGUCACUUACACACCCGAUGUUGUUUCAGAUGCUGUUGCAGACAUGGCCAUUUUACUAAUAAUUGCAACAUUGAGGAGGAUAUGUGAAGCUGAUCGCUUCGUCAGGAAUGGGAUGUGGAAGCAAAAGGAUUUCAGCUUGACUAAGAAGUUUAGCGGCAAAUCAGUAGGUAUUGUAGGCUUAGGGAGGAUUGGUUCAGCAAUUGCCAAGAGAGCUGAAGCUUUUGGAUGUUCAAUCAGUUACCAUUCACGUUCACAAAAACCAGAGUCAACGUACACCUACUAUCCAUGUGUUGUCGACUUGGCCUCCAACUGCCAGAUCCUUGUCGUCGCUUGUGCCUUAACAGAAGAAACUCACCACAUCAUCAACCGUGAAGUUAUAGACGCCUUGGGUCCGAAUGGAGUUGUUAUUAACAUUGCAAGGGGUUCUCAUAUUGAUGAACCUGAGCUGGUUUCUGCCCUUGCAGAAGGCAGGUUGGGAGGAGCAGGGCUUGAUGUUCUUGAACAUGAACCUGAAGUGCCUAUGCAACUAGCUAAACUUGAUAAUGUUGUAUUAUCACCUCAUAUCUCAGCUGCCACUGCGGAGAGCCGUAAGGAGAGGGCCGACCUUGUGGUUGCAAGCUUGGAGGCAUACUUUUCGAACAAGCCAUUGCUAACUCCUGUCCUUUGAUACUUUUUGGUUAAGGUCUGAUGAUCUUGGAAGUACUAGGAUGGGUGAUCUCCGGAGAAGUUCUCGUGUAAUAAUGCUGCAUCCCUCUUGAGUUCUGAAUUCUACCGCAAACACUUGGUUAUUAAUAAAAAAAGUGGUCUGAUGAUCUUGCACUUAGGUCAUAGUUGAUUCCUUCGCUUUUAUAUUCGUCAUUCAGUAAGAUGCUAAGUGUUUCACUGGUUCAAGCUAAUAAAUUUGGGCAUGCCCCUCUUUCUUGUGCUAAUUGGAAACAUGUGAAGAUGGUUGAUAGUAGUACAGUGAGGUCUUUGUUCUCACCAUCCUUUGUGAUAUUUUGUCUUAAUAUGUUCCUACUUCUUACACACUGGUAAUUCUUGUUUGUUGCUUUGAAGAAUGGUACUGUGGUUCUGACUUCUGAGUGUGUCUAUUGUUGGUAUGCCUAAUGAAGAGCAGGUUUCGAUCCACCACAGAUGGAUUUGGCUGCUAACACCUCAGAGGCCCCAGAAAAUAUAAACGAACCUGAACU